UGUACGCGUUUGUAUUAGUACAGAAACUCUAUGCAGUAAUCCGUUAAUUGUUGCAAACAAGUUAAUCUCCAAUAACAAUUGUGUAACGUCUUCUUUCAAGUAUACUACAGCAUGGGUCUAUUUGGCAGGAGGUACCCCAAAAGUCCGUACCCGCACCUCUACCAAAGAAAUGAUGAUGGUUUGAAUGGAACAAGCCGUAGCGAUGUUGUGGCUUCAUCCGGCAGCAUGAUAGUGGUAUCCAAUAGAUUGCCGUUUGUUUUGGAGAAGAAUAAAGAAGGAAACUUGUGCAGGAAAGCUAGUGCUGGAGGCUUGGUGACAGCCGUUGCUCCUGUUGUGGUCAAUUGCAAAGGACUAUGGGUCGGUUGGCCGGGAAUUCACUUGGAAGACCCCAACCAACCAAUUCCAGAAUCCGAUCCCAACGACAUUACGCCGACGGCAGGAUUAAAAUCUGAUAAAGUCGUUUCUGUCAGAAUAGAUCCACAAAUAUUCGAUUCGUAUUACAAUGGCUGCUGUAAUGCGACCUUUUGGCCUUUGUUCCAUUCGAUGCCAGAUAGAGCGACGUUCAACGGGGAGCACUGGCGAGCCUACAUAACGGCCAAUAAGGAAUUUGCAAACUGCACUUUGACUGCGCUGAGGAAAUUAAAGAACACAGAGAAUGCCGGAGAUGUCCCACUAAUUUGGAUCCACGACUAUCAUCUUAUGCUUGCCGCUAACUGGAUUCGACAAGCAGCCGAGGAUGAGAACAUUUCUUGCAAGUUGGGAUUCUUUUUACACAUACCGUUUCCACCUUGGGACAUAUUCAGACUGUUCCCAUGGUCCGACGAGAUUUUGCAAGGAAUGCUCGGAUGCGAUAUGAUCGGCUUCCACAUCACUGAUUACUGCUUAAAUUUCGUUGACUGCUGUCAGAGGAAUUUAGGUUGCCGCGUGGAUCGCAAGAAUUUGCUGGUGGAACACGGUGGGCGCACUGUGCGAGUUCGCCCAUUGCCAAUUGGUAUUCCAUUCGAAAGAUUCGUAGAAUUAGCAGAGAAAGCCCCGAAAGUGUUAUCGACUACGCAAAAGAUAAUCUUAGGAGUUGAUCGUCUGGACUACACCAAGGGCUUAGUAAAUAGAUUACUCGCAUUUGAGAAACUAUUAGAGAAGCACCCGGAGCACAAGGAAAAUGUUUCCCUUCUGCAGAUAGCAGUUCCAUCGAGAACUGAUGUUAAAGAAUAUCAGGAAUUAAAAGAAGAAAUGGAUCAAUUAGUUGGAAGAAUCAACGGUAGAUUCACAACCCCUAACUGGUCACCCAUUCGUUACAUUUAUGGUUGUGUCAGCCAAAACGACUUAGCAGCUUUCUACAGAGACUCGGCAGUCGGUCUGGUAACUCCACUUCGCGAUGGAAUGAAUUUAGUCGCGAAGGAGUUCGUAGCUUGCCAAAUAAAUACACCCCCAGGUGUUCUCAUCGUAUCACCUUUCGCCGGAGCGGGUGAAACCAUGCACGAAGCAUUAAUUUGUAAUCCAUAUGAAAUAGAUGGAGCAGCAGAAGCCAUACACAGGGCAUUGACGAUGCCUGACGAUGAGAGGAUUCUAAGGAUGAAUUAUUUGAGGAGAAGAGAAAAAAUCAAUGAUGUUAAUUAUUGGACCCGAUCUUUCUUGGCUGCUAUGGGAUCUUUGAUUACACAAGAAGAUCACGAUGAAAUUGGUGCAGUAAGAAUGCCUGCUGUAACACUAGAAGAUUUCGACGACUAUCUUGCAAAAUAUAUUGGAAACACUCACAAAUUGGCUUUGCUUUUGGAUUAUGAUGGUACAUUGGCCCCAAUUGCGCCUCAUCCAGAUUUAGCCGUGAUCCCGACAGAAACAAAGAACAUUUUACAGAGAUUAUCAAACAUAUCCGAUGUUACCAUUGCUGUUAUUUCUGGAAGGAAUGUGAACAACGUUAAAGAUAUGGUUGGAAUCGAGGGGAUAACCUAUGCUGGAAGCCACGGUUUAGAAAUUUUGCACCCGGACGGUUCGAAGUUCGUACAUCCUAUGCCGAGACAAUAUCAAGGAAAAGUCGGAGAGCUGUUAAAAAAGCUGCAAGAGCAAGUGUGCAAGGACGGAGCUUGGGUUGAAAAUAAAGGAGCCCUUCUGACUUUCCACUUCCGCGAAACUCCGGCGCAUCUGAGGGAACCACUGACUUCAGUAGCUAAAAAGCUAAUUAUUGAAGCCGGAUUCAGAGCGGAAGAUGCUCACUGUGCCAUAGAAGCGAAACCUCCAGUAGAAUGGAAUAAAGGAAGAGCUUCGAUUUACAUCCUCCGAACGGCAUUCGGCGUUGACUGGAGCGAAAGAAUUAGAAUUAUCUACGCUGGAGACGACACGACAGAUGAAGACGCUAUGCAAGCUUUGAAAGGAAUGGCGGCUACCUUCAGGGUGACCUCUUCGCACAUCACUAAAACCUAUGCCGAAAGACGUCUUCCUUCCACCGAUUCCGUACUCACCAUGCUGAGAUGGGUUGAAAGGCAUCUGAACCGCAGAAAGCCGAAUAAAGAUGCAACAUCUUACAGAAGGAAUUCAAGAUCUAAGCAAGGCGCUGUGCAAAUGGAGAUGUCGUAUUUAAGAUCAGAGGUCGGAGAUAGCAACUAGCCUUAUGUAUAAGAGUUAAAAGAGACAAACAACAAAAAGAUAUCUAAAAUUAAAUUAAAAUUUAUAGAAGAUUAUAACAAUUUUUGUACUG